AUGGAUAUGAGAGACGACGACAAAUCUUUGAAGACUCGCAAAAAUCAUUCACUCAAUCGUUAUUAUGAAUCUAACGCAGGUCAUCUGUUUGUCAGUCACAUCAACCCAUUCGAUACAGUUGGAGACCGCGGCAGGGAUGUCAAGGAGAGUCUCAUUAAAAAACGAAACACUCAAGAAUUGAUUGCUAUUUUUGAAAAUAGGUCAGAAAAUUGUGAUUUAGAUAAUAUGAUGGAAGUUAAAAAAAUAAAAACUACACCAUCUACAGAGAUUGUCGAUGAAAUAAUAAAAACUAACCCGUUUACUAAAAACAGAUUUAUGAGCGACCGCUACUGUGAAACUGACUCCUUAUUUAUUGAACAUCAAAGACCAAACACACGGCCUCCCACUAGUAUAUCUGCAACCGUGUUGGAUGAUGAAUAUGGAGUUUGUUCAAGAAAUGGGUUUCAAAGUCCGUAUAGCGAUAAUGAAGACAGGUACGAAGAAUUUAAUUUAGAUAAUAAUCCAUGCACUUGCAGGUGUAACGGAAUGGGUAAUAAGGUCUUAGAAGAAGAAAAACAGCAAUGUGAGAAAACAACGUACUGUCGGCCAUUACUAAAUAUGUAUAACCAAGAGUUUAUUUAUAAAACAAUGCAAAGGAAUGCGAGGUUACAGAAACUGGUGAAGAAACUAGCGGUUGCGCGGCAGAGAGAAAAAGAAAGGGAAGCCUGGAAUAAUUAUAUUAAUGAUCUGAAAAAUAAACACAGGUAUUAUAGUAAUGAGCCGACUAGGAUAUCACCACAGUACGUACCAGGCGAUCGUCAUACUCCUGAGAUGAUAGAUGAUUUUUAUAAUACCAGAUUUCACUGGCGUCAAUCGAAUCCCUGUCAGCAUUUGCUGAAUGACUUUUACAAAAGUCGUAAUUAUGUGCCACCGAGAACGUGGCACACACACCCCGGCGAGUAUGAUAAUGAUAUGUUGCCCGAUGCCGAAUCAUUUAUAUAUGAUAAUAAUCGUUUUUGCUAUCCAACUUGUUCACAAGCUAACAUGAGGAAAUGGAACAGAGAACGAUUACAAAAUAAUUUCGGAUACGAUUGGUACUCGAGACCAUCAGGUAGAUACUUCCGUGGUAAUACUAUAGUCAUUGAAAAAGAUGACGUGGGUAUGUUUGAUAGACUAGAAGGUACAACUAGACCUCAUGCUGCCCUACGUCCUCGUAAUAGGAAAUCAAAACGAAAACGGUCAUUGACACCUGAUCAGAAACAAACUGGUUCUCUGCCGCUUGUUGAUGAGACUGAAUUAAAUAAUGUAACUGCCACUCCAUCACCAGCUGCAAUAGAUAAUCAAAAUAUAUACUAUCCAUAUUCUAAAGAACCAAUCAACCCAGGUGCUAUAGGUGAUCAAAAAGAUUCAUUUAGUCCUUCUAUUAAAGAAGAAUCGGAAAUUUCCCGAGAUACAGAGAUUAAACAAGAACCACAGAAGAAUAAUAUGGACCUUAAUGUUCAUAAUAAAGGUAAUAAAGAGACGCUAAUCAAGAAUCAGCAGAUAGAAGUAUCAAAUUUAAGUCAACCGCAACUUUCUUAUGUGAAUAAUAAUAAUAGUAAGGUGAAAGAUGAAUUUUCCGAUAAAGUAGAAACUUUCAAAAACAAUGUAGUACAAAAAGUUAACACUAAAUAUAAGAAAAUAUAUGACGGAAAGGUGGAGACUGAAGGAGACAAACAUGAAAAUUUGAAAGACACGUUUAAAAAAGUCACUGAAAAUAUUUCAAAAUUAAGAAACAAAUUACGUCAGUCUGAGCAAGAUAUAAGAAUAAAAUCUUUAUCAACUAUCGAAAUAAAAGUCGAUGGUUUGAUGCAAUCUAUCAAUUCUAUCAUGGAAGACAUUAAGAAAAAGAAAAGUUUAUUGAAAAGAAAUGCCUCAGUAGCAACCUCAUUUGUGACCACCCACCAAAAACUAAACAGACAGAAAAGUGAUCCUUACGGUAUUGUGAAGAAUGAGAAAUUUUUAUGCAGCGUGAUGCACAACAGUUCCAGAAGUUUAACGAUUUCUGAUUUAGACACUAAUGAUUAUCGAAGGCAAAGAGAAGAUAACAUCUCUAAAAUAGAUAAAAUACUGAUAGAGGAGAUGAACAAAAGUAAUAAAGUCAAGAGAGAUAUCGAAGAAUUGUUAAACCUGCGACUUGAUAGGAGCUGCUCGGUGCAUAUAACAUUCGAUAUUCCGACGAAGGAAAGAUCUACUGAAGUUACUGAUUCUCUGUCUAAAGCCAGGGUUAGUUCUAGAACGAAGUUCUUAGUAGAAGAGAUACAAACGCAAUGUGGUGCAGACUGUAGACAAAUGACAAUAGCAGUGAAUACUGAUCCUCUGGGAUUGUUGGACUUAUUAAAGAUUUCCACGGAUACAAUAAAAAGGUUGUUCUCAUAUGUGCCUUACUUGAGCUACAAUUCCUAUUUUUCGUUGCUACAACUACCGACCAAGAGGUGCGCGUCGCACUACAUUUGCAACAUUUGCGGCGCAGUCUUCGGCCGGCCCUCACAGCUUAGUGAUCACAUUGAACAACAUACCAUGGGAAGGACAAGGGAUUGUUGUGUCUGCCGCCACGCGCUCGACAUGCAGCGAGGUCCGGUUGGCCUGUUCGAGUGCCGGUACUGUGGCCAGAGGUUCACCAGGGCCUACUGCCGUGAAUUGCAUGAGCAGACGUGCGCUCGUCACCUGGGCAGGAUCCAUGACGUUAACUCUGGCCACAUUCUGCUGCGGUAG